AUGCAUGACGAGGAGCAGUCUGUUGAGAAGCCAGCUGCCUUAGACUGCGACGCAGAGAAAGCGCGUGUCGAUGUACAGUCUAUACAUCCGCAUCUUGUGUCUGACGGUAUCGAGAACACAAGCCGGCCGGGGUCGGACACCGACGGAUCGAGCAACACCAUCAACGAGAAGCAACUUCUACGUCGUAUCGACUUCACCUUAAUCCCUUGGCUGGUCAUUCUAUACAUGCUCUGCUUUCUGGACAGGUCAAAUAUCGGAAAUGCACGUCUAUACAAUUUGGAAGCAGACCUCCACUUGUCCGAUGCUGAGUAUCUGAUGUCUCUUACGUUGUUCUAUAUCCCAUACGUUCUCUGUGAGGUGCCUGCAAAUACGUGUCUAAAGCGUAUAAGACCAUCAAUCUGGCUACCGGUAAUAAUGCUUUUAUGGGGCAUAACGACGCAAGGACUUGUCCAUGACUUCGGGGGUAUUCUAGCGCUUCGAAUCUUUCUCGGCAUCUUUGAGGCUGGUUUCUAUCCCGGUGUUUUAUUUUAUAUGUCUUGUUGGUACAGACGUAACGAAUUCGGAUUUCGUUUCGCAAUGUUCUUCGCCGGCGGCUCGUUGGCGGGUGCAUUUGGUGGCUUCCUAGCUGCGGCAAUUUCGAAUAUGGACGGCGUCGGAGGCAAGCCAGUUUGGGCCUGGAUAUUCAUUUUGGAGGGUCUUUUCACUAUUAUUGUAGCCUCCGCUUCGUUCUUCAUCAUCCAAGAUUAUCCACCACGUGCCCGCUUCCUCUCCGAGCAGGAACGUGUCUAUGUUGUUCGUCGUCUGGGGACAGAUGAUAAAGUUUCCGUGUCCAAUGAACAGCAGAGAUGGCGUGAUGUUCGGAGUGCCUUCACAGAUUGGAAGACGUCGCUUGCCAUUGGCGGCUGGCUUAUUUUCCCUGUAGGCGCAGCUGCCGCACACUACUCUAUAUCGUUUUUCCUUCCUACCAUUAUUUCGCACUUAGGUGAGACCCAUCGAUUUCGGACUUCCGCUGGAGGCUUCUCGGCGAACAAAGCCAAUCUACUCACUGUACCUGUGCACCUUGUGGCUGCACUAGUCUCAUGCCUCGUCAACUCUUCUGUGGAUCGCCUUCGAAUGCUGCAGGACCUCGAAUCUUAUGCAAUACCUACAGCAUUCAUAGGUUGUCUCAUCCAGAUGCUUUCUAGGAAUGCAGCUCUUUCGUAUUUCGCAACAUACAUGAUUGCAUUGUAUGAGUACCUUCUACCUAGUUAUUUCCACUCAUGGGCCUCAAACAACGCGGAGAACUCGUACAAGCGCAGUAUUGUUAUUGCAAUCGUAACAUCAGUAGCAAAUAUCGUGGGAGCUAUUUCCAUGAGUUUGUUUCGCGAGCAGGACGCCCCUCGAUAUAUAAUCGGAAACUCUUUCUCUGUCGCUGCAACAGUAGUUGGGUUUAUCAGUUCAAUAGUACUCCACAUGUUAUUACGCAGAGAAAAUGAGUGUCGUGACCGUGGAGAACGCGAUGAAGUCAUCGGCGACUCCGAGAGCUGUUAUGGCGACAUACGGAAUGGUCGCUACGAAAGCGUUGAAGCGGCGAAGAGAGACAAAGGAGAUGAAUGGAGUGGAUUUAGGUACAUAACGUAA